AUGGCUGUGGUUCAUGAACUUGGCAGUCCUCUGCUUGGGUUUGAGAAAUUCAGCAGCAAUGAGGUUGAUUUGGAAAGUCUGCCCCUGGAAGAGGUUUUCGAGCAGCUCAACACAUCCCGCGGCGGGCUUUCGUCGUCUGGCGCUGCAGAACGCCUGCAGCUGUUUGGUGCGAACAGAUUACAAGAGAAGCGUGAGAACAAGGUCCUGAAAUUCCUCAGCUUCAUGUGGAACCCGUUGUCCUGGGUGAUGGAGGCAGCAGCAGUCAUGGCAUUGGUCUUUGCGAAUGGCGGCAGUCAGGGUCCUGACUGGGAGGAUUUUCUUGGAAUCGUCUGUCUUCUGGUUAUCAACUCAAUCAUCAGCUUCAUUGAGGAAAAUAAUGCCGGUAACGCCGCUGCAGCUCUCAUGUCUCGCUUGGCACUGAAAACAAAGGUUUUCAGAGAUGGGCAAUGGCAGGAGCUGGAUGCUUCUAUCUUGGUACCAGGAGAUAUUGUCAGCAUCAGGCUUGGUGAUAUCAUUCCAGCGGAUGCACGCCUGCUAGAGGGAGAUCCUGUGAAAGUUGAUCAGUCAGCUCUAACUGGGGAAUCCCUUCCGGUAACCAAAAGGACCGGUGAUCUAGUGUUUACCGGUUCAAUCUGCAAACAUGGAGAAAUUGAAGCUGUUAUCAUUGCAACCGGCAUCCACUCUUUCUUUGGAAAGGCGGCUCAUUUGGUGGACUCCACAGAUGUUGUUGGUCAUUUGCAUAAGGUUCUAACCUGUAUAGGGAAUUUCUGUAUAUGCUCGAUUGUGGUAGGGGUAAUUCUUGAGGUUAUUAUGAUGUUCCCAGUACAGCACCGAUCAUACAGAAAUGGAAUCAACAAUGUGCUCGUUCUUCUGAUCGGUGGGAUACCUAUCGCGAUGCCGACCGUUCUGUCAGUCACUCUUGCAAUAGGUUCUCAUCAUUUAUCUCAGCAGGGUGCUAUCACUAAAAGGAUGACAGCCAUUGAGGAAAUGGCAGGAAUGGAUGUUCUGUGCUGCGACAAAACUGGAACUCUUACUCUCAACCAUCUUACAGUCGACAAAAACCUAAUCGAGGUGUUCAGCAGAGAAAUGGAAAAGGACAUGGUAAUUCUUUUAGCUGCAAGAGCCUCAAGAGUGGAAAAUCAAGAUGCGAUUGAUAUGGCCAUCAUUAACAUGCUAGCUGACCCCAAAGAGGCACGCGCCAACAUCACUGAAGUUCACUUUUUCCCGUUCAAUCCUGUCGAUAAGAGAACAGCUAUAACAUACCUUGAUUCCAACGGCAAUUGGUUCCGGGUUAGCAAAGGUGCUCCAGAUCAGAUCUUGAAUUUGUGCUACAACAAAGAUGACAUUGCUGAAAAGGUGCAGAUUGUAGUCGACAGGUUUGCCGAGAGGGGCCUCCGUUCACUUGCAGUUUCUUACCAGGAGAUACCAGAAAGAUCAAGGCACAGCCCCGGUGGGCCAUGGAUCCUAUGCGGUCUUCUGCCGUUGUUCGAUCCGCCGCGGCACGACAGCGCCGAAACCAUCCUCAGAGCGCUCGAUCUUGGCAUCUGCGUGAAGAUGAUCACCGGUGAUCACCUGGCCAUUGCAAAGGAGACCGGCCGGCGCCUGGGGAUGGGCACGAACAUGCACCCGUCGGCGUCACUGUUCGGCCGGCGCGAGCGCGACGGCGAAAGCGCCGCGACGGUUUACGCUGUGUCCAUCACCAUACGGAUAGUGCUAGGAUUUGUUCUCUUGGCAUCAAUAUGGGAGUACGACUUCCCUCCGUUUAUGGUUCUGAUCAUAGCCAUACUGAAUGACGGGACCAUCAUGACGAUAUCGAAGGAUCGUGUGAAACCAUCGCAGAGGCCGGAUAGGUGGAAGCUGAACGAGAUAUUUGCAACUGGCGUCGUCAUGGGAACCUACCUAGCAUUGGUCACGGUGCUCUUCUACUGGGCAGUUACAAGGACCGCAUUCUUUGAGUCUCAUUUCAAGGUGAGACCUCUCAAGGAAGACGUCCAGAAGAUCUCGUCCGCGAUGUACCUGCAGAUCAGCAUCAUCAGCCAGGCUCUGAUCUUCGUCACACGCAGCCGUGGCUUGUCUUUCCUCGAAAGGCCUGGAGCUCUGUUGAUCUGUGCUUUCGUCGUAGCACAACUGGUGGCCACCCUUGUCGCCGUCUACGCGACAAUCAGCUUCGCAUCGAUCAGCGCCAUAGGAUGGCGCUGGGCCGGCGCCAUAUGGCUAUACAGUCUGGUGUUCUAUGUGCCACUUGAUCUGAUCAAGAUUGCCGUCCGGUACAUCCUCAGUGGUAAAGCAUGGAACUUGCUGUUCGACAGGAAGACUGCAUUCACAAGGAAGAACGACAUCUGGAAGGAGGAUCGGGACGCCAGGUGGGUGCUUUCCCAGAGAGAUGUUCAGCGGAGGGCUUUCUCUGAUCAUCUCCUCAGCAGCUCAACACCAUCUUCUAGGACUAGGAUCUCAGAUCAGGCGAGGUGGCGCGCCGAGAUAGCCAGGUUGGGAGAGAAGCAUGCACUGAGAGCUAGCGUGGAGUCUGUGAUGAGGCUGAAGCGUGUGGAUUCUCACGUCAUCCGUACUGCUCAGACAGUCUGA